AUGACUGAUCGAUGUUCCCCCACGCAGCCUGAUAAGCAGAUCUCCCAAAUCGAAAAGAGUGUGACACAUCUCUUGGUCGCAACCAAACAGCUCUUGGAGACCCUCACCCACUGGUCACGCAAGCUGGCCACGGAAAACGACGUGUCGGAUGUAUAUGUACGCCUGGGCUAUGAAUUUAACCUCGCUUGUCGCGCCUUCAGUGCAAUCGGAGUCGAUACCUCGGACCUGGGUCCAGUGCCAGACCUGCUGCGCACCAUUCUCGAAGACACCCUGAGCCAAGAUGCGUCGGCCGCAAGCCUCGACCGAUACCUCCCCCGAAUUCGCGACAUAAUCAUAAAUCUGCUCCACGGGCUCAAGAAGAAGCAGGCCCGGUUACGCUCACGACACCAACGGGAGGAUGGACGCCCCGCGCCAGGACGGAACGCCAGUGCUGGAAGCCUCGCCAGUGGACAGGCAAUUGGCCAGUUAUAUGAUGAGGCCGCGGCCUCGACGAUGCCAUCGACCGCACAGUCCCCUCGGAGAUCCAGUAACCGAAGAUUUGGGAGCAACGGAUCUCUCGAGGAUCAACCGGCUGCUGCCCGGACCUCCUCGGCACCAUCAUCCAACGAUCCUCGAUCCUCGAACCACAGCGAAAAAGAAACAUCUCGCCGAGAGGCACAGCAAUUACUGUCCCAGCCCAAUUCGGAUAACGAUGCAACCCCCCGAGCCAAUACAUCCAAUAAUACUGCGCCUUCUACACAUAAUGCACCUGCUGGGUUUCCAGCGCCCCCGCCCCCUCCACCACCACCCAAAGAGGAUGAUGCACUGGGGGCUUUGCAGAGGAGUGGAGAGCUCGAGCGACGAGCCUCCCGACGUUUCUCUGCCUACCAAAUCCAAAAGCACUUGGGCACUUCCACAAACGGUGUUCCCGUUCUACCAACCCAAAAUUCUCCUAUUCCCAAUCGCGGCCGUGAUGUCCGCGAGUCUCUGAAUGCAGUUCGCCUUCGGGGAUCCUAUAACCACUCGAGACAGAAGUCCUCCAAUCGCAUACAAGAAGCUUCCAAGACUGCACAGGCACACCCAGCUGCGAACAUCCCGAACGUGGUCGAGGAGGAGCGUACCCCCCAGCCCGCCAAACCCGCUCCAGCCCCGGAAGUUACCCGGGAAGCAGAACCUGCCGACAAAGCCAAUCACGAGGAAACCGCCGCUCCCGCUCCCAUCAUCGCCCAGCCCCAAGAGAAGCCGGCUCUGGAGGACGCCUUCGACCCUGCGAAGGGUGCACCUCAUACCCCGAAAACAAGCUCAUUUAGCCCAACUACCCAGGUCGCAACCCCUCCGUCUGUCUCCCAGUUCACUGAGCAGCCCUCCCCGGGCAAGGAGCUCACGCUGUUCCUUCAAUAUAAGAGCAAGAUUAAGAAGUAUGUGCUGCCGGAUGGCAUCGCAGACCUCACCAUUGGACGCCUCCAGUUGGCAUUUAUCGAGAAGUUCGCUUGGAACACCCACGACAAUGGUGUCGAUUUGCCUGAAAUUUAUAUCCAGGACCCAAUCUCGGGCAUCCGCCACGAACUGGAAGACCUUGCAGAUGUUAAGGAUCGGUCCGUCUUGGUACUGAAUGUCGACAACCUCGACGAGGUCAAGAAGCAUUUCGAUGAUGGCCUUGGGAGCGUGCGCCUCCUGGUUGAAGGUGUCAAGGAAGUGCUUUCUGGUCAAGGGAGCGCCAUCCAGCGAGUAUCUGACCGUCAGCUUGAAGCUGCUAAGGAGAUUGCUCGCUUGGCGGCUGCUCCCCCUGUCACCGCCGCUGCCUCCGGGUCUGGCGUCAAGACAUUGGUUGCCGGGGACGGAGCUCAGCUGGCGGAGAUCCAGAGCCUUCGUCGAGACUUGGCUGUUUUGCGUCAAACAUACUCCAACUUCACUGCCGAUAUCAACGGCUCGAUGAGUGCAGUCCGCGCCAAGGCAGGCAAGGUCAAGACUGCCGCUGACGAUGUCGCCACGCCUUCGUAUGAAGGCGAUGCCGGCCGCGCUCGUGUCAACACCGGCAAGAAAGAACUUGCAGGCGAGUCAGAGCGGCUGGUUGCUCGCGUCGACGAUCUUCAAGACUUGGUCGAAGAUCUUCGAAAGGAUGUCGUCACUCGCGGUGUCCGCCCCCUCCCCAGACAACUCGAGGGUGUUAGCCGCGAUAUCAGCACCGUCAUGAAGGAAAUUAAGAAAAUGCAGGACUUCCUCGGCCGCGAGAAGCCUAUCUGGACCAAGAUCUGGGAGAAGGAGCUGCAGCUGGUCUGCGAGGAACGUGACCAGCUUACCAUGCAAGAAGACCUUGCCGCUGACUUGCAAGACGAUCUCGAGAAGGCGACUCAAACCUUCGCUCUUGUCGAGCAAGCCACCAAGGAACAGGUCAUGACCAACACUACCGGCGGUCCUACCGCUGUUCGCACCACAUCCCGCAGUCUUGGUAUCGACCCCACCAUCGACCCUAUGAAGGCAAAGGAUGGUGUUCUCGGCGAAGUUCGUGCAUUGCAACCUAAUCACGAAAGUCGCAUCGAAGCCAUUGAGCGAGCCGAAAAGGCACGCAAGAAGGAGCUUGAGACCAGACGAAACAACCUGUUCCAAAAGGAGCUUGGCGCCUUUGUUGAAGAGGGCAAGCUGAAGAAGAGCGGAGGCUUUGAAGAAACUGAGCGCCUCCGCACUGCCAAGGAUGACCGGAUUCGCAAGGAGGUCUGGGAUAGACAGCAAGCCCGAAAUGCUGAGAUGGAGAAGGCCGAGGCCGAGGCUGCUGCUGCUGCCGCCGCUGCAGCAGAGGGGGAGGAAAAGGCCGAGGACGAAGAAGAUAGCAGCCCAAAGGAGGCCGAUGAGCCAGAGGAGGCACCUGAGAAGCCUGAAGAAACAGAGGAGACCGAAGGCCGGUCAGAGGAGCCUAAAUCGCCCGCCAGCGACGAUAAACCCCUCCCCAAAGCGCCCGAAGACGCGGACGAAUCUGAAAAGGCCUUGAUCUAA